GUCAGUCGGCGUGGAGAGAUGGCCGGUAUCUUGGCGUGGUUCUGGAACGAGCGCUUCUGGCUCCCCCACAACGUAACGUGGGCUGACUUGAAGAACACAGACGAAGCGACGUUCCCGCAAGCCGAGGACCUCUAUCUGGCGUGCCCUUUGGCCUUCUGCAUCUUCAUGGUGCGGCUGCUCUUCGAAAGGUUCGUUGCAAGGCCAUGUGCAGUGGGGCUGAAAAUACAAGCCAACGGGCCACAAAAAGCUCAGCCAAAUGCUAUCUUGGAGAAGGUUUUCACUGCUAUUACCAAGCACCCAGAUGAAAAAAGGCUGGAAGGAUUGUCCAAGCAGCUCGAUUGGGAUGUCCGAACUAUUCAGCGCUGGUUCCGACAAAGGCGCAACCAAGAGAAACCUAGCACUCUAGCACGUUUCUGCGAAAGCAUGUGGAGGUUUACAUUUUAUCUCUACAUUUUUACCUAUGGUGUGCGUUUCCUUAAAAAGACACCUUGGCUGUGGAACACUAAAGAAUGCUGGUACAACUAUCCUUACCAGCCACUGACAGUGGAUAUCCAUUAUUACUAUAUACUGGAGCUGUCUUUCUACUUGUCCUUGCUCUUUUCUCAAUUCACUGAUAUUAGGAGGAAGGAUUUCCUGAUUAUGUUCCUUCACCACGUGGCAACCAUCUCCCUCAUCACAUUCUCAUACGUGAACAACAUGGCCAGAGUAGGAACUCUGGUCAUGUGCCUCCACGAUGCGGCCGACGUUCUGAUAGAGGCUGCCAAGAUGGCUAACUAUGCCAAAUGUCAGAUAUUGUGCAACCUGCUGUUUGCAAUGUUUGCAAUCCUCUUCAUAAGUUCCAGGCUAGCAGUUUAUCCAGUGUGGAUUUUAAAUACCACCUUGUUUGAGAGUUGGGACAUUGUUGGGCCUUACCCAUCCUGGUGGGUCUUCAACCUGCUUCUAAUCUUGCUGCAGCUUCUUCACUCCUACUGGUCCUACCUCAUAGUAAAAACAGCAUACCAAGCCAUCUCCAAAGGAAAGGUGGGAAAAUGGAAUCCUUUACAUGUUUCAAAAGACGACUGCAGCGAUAUUGAGUCCAGCUCGGAUGAGGACAACAGCCCUCCGGCCAAACACAAACACCAUAACAACACCACCAACGGGACCAACAAAUCUCACGGGACCAACGGCUACCUGACAGGCGCGUCCUACCCCGAUGAACACUGA